GAAUCUAACAUAGAAAUAGGAAAAGAAAAAUAAUAUACAAAGAAUACCUUACUUUCACCAAACAACCAGAUAUACUCAUUUCCUAGGCUUACGUUCUAUCUAGCAAUAUAUAUUGACCUUAUGAUAAGCUUUUGUGAUCAAAAUCAUUCUCAAUUUUCAAAAUAUCAUGGGGAUGGUUACGAGUUACAUGGGAGGAGCUGAGGUUGCAUCCAAGGGGAUGAGUAUGCUAACAGGAACACUCUAUGAUCGGAUCAUUAAGCAGAGAAAUAUCCGAGAAUUAAAUGAGUUCCAAAUUGCCAUUCUUGAUAUCUUCAAUGCAAUCAACAUGGCAUUGCCCGGUAAGCAUUAUGAUGCUCCAGCACACGAUGAUAUACAGAAAUGUUAUGAAACAUGGACUAAAUCUGAGGGUGCUGAGAAGAAAAAGGAAGCUUUCACCAGAUUCAUCUCAGAGAAUGUGAAUCUGAGCAAAGCAGAUGAAUCUAUGAUGAUCACUGGGAUAGUGGCUCCACCAGUUGCCAUGGUAGCUAAGAGAACUGGGCAAACUGUGCCUCAGCUAAGUGUUAUCAAAGCCAUCCCUGAUGUUGCAUUUGUUCCUGGAGCUACCAUUUUGGCUCUCAUUGCUAUUAAGCUCACAAAAAGAAUGGCAUUCAAGAAUAUCCCAUCCCUUCCUCAAAAAGAGGAGGAUACCCCUUCCUAGCUUUCCCUUUUGAUGGAAAUGUGCAUUAUUAAAUGUUUCAUGUUAUUUCCAAAUGCAAUUAAUUGUGAACUUGACAUUAUUGAACAAAGAUGAAUUUUAGUGCCAA